AUGUGCCCCCGGGGCCUGCGGCUCCCUGGAGGCCAGGCAAGGGGCCCUGUGGGCCUGGACCUGGACACCCCCAUCCACCUGAUCACUGACCAUCUAGUCCUCUCCAGACCACAACCGUCUCUCCUCUCCACAGGGCAGCAAAGAUGCCUGAGGACCCUGGGUGUCAGCCUGAGAAGUGGCCACGGUUCAUGGGUGCCCGAGUACCAGGCUGCAAGGGGAGGCCCUGGCAACACCUGCUCCUCAGGAAUAGUGCUGGGCCAGAAACCCCGCCCUGUCCAGUCCAACCUCGCCAGCCCUCGUCCCUGCCAGAGCCCAGCCCUGAGGGACAGGACAGGCUGGCUGGUGAAUUCCAGCUCCCUGCAGCAGAGCAAUGUGCAGCCCUGCACCCGGAGGCCACCUGGAAAGGAGCCUGCAGCCCAGCAGAGUAACCUGGGUCUCACCAGAGCCACCAACCCCCUUCCCCCAGGCAGCUUCAGAGCACUGGCUCCCCUGUCCCCCUGCCUGUGGCAGACACCCCCAGCUACAGACCCCAGGUCCACAGCCAGCUUUGCCCUGCCCCAUGGGCACACAUGGCCAGGCCCCCGAUUGCUAGGUCGUCUGGGGAGCCAGACCUCUAGGCUCACAGGGGAGCCCCUCACUCUGGAGGACAUGACUGUCCCUGCCCAGAGGGAGGCUCAGCACCCAUCUCGUGCUGCCAUGCAUCAGCUGCUGGCCUCUGUGCGGCGCCUGGAGUGGCAGGCGGCCCAUCUUGGGGGCCGGGCCUCCUGGAAGCCCCUGGGCCUAGCACAGCAGGGCCUCUGCCUGGGCAACAGUCCGGCCUUUCCUGCUCGCUCCUGGAACAGCAGGCCUGUUCUUGCCUCCUGCGAUGAGAGGAGGAGACAACCCCAUGGCCACAGGGAAAUCACAGAUCUCUGGGUGACUCAGGGGACCCACGCUGGUCACUCAGACUCUCAGGCACCCAAUGAGCCAGGGUCGCCUGAGAUCUCAAUGGAGAUGCGGGCAGAGCAUUUCCAUGACUCCGAGCGGGCCGUCCUACCUGCCCAGCCCCUCAGACCAGAAGAUGAGGCGCCCCCAGGGCCCACCUAUGGCUGGGGGGACAGGGGAGAGCCUGCUGUCUCUCAAGGAUGGGGCAGCGGGGCAGCCUGGCCUGGCUCUGCAGCCUUCUCCAGUGUAGCCACAGCCAAGAGAGCCCUGCCCGGGCCGGAAGAAGCAUGUACCCUGAAGGAGCCAGGAGAGAGGACAGCUUCCAGUCCCCCAGGAGUAGCCCUGGCAAGGAGGGGCAUCUGCCAGGUGGAGCCCAGGGAGGCUGGGUGAGAUGGGCUCUUGGCAGGGGGUUCCCUUCCCUCUUGGCCUGAGGGCUGUGUCUGCUCCUUUUGUUUGCCCAGAACAAGACCCAAGACAGUGUGGCCCCAGAAGAGUC